AAUGGCGGAUGAACCAACACGGGAGUGGAGCGAUGAGCAGCUCAAAAGUGAUGAUUUGCCCAAAAAAGACCUCAUAAAGUUCAUCCAGGACAAUGGAGCACACUCGUUCCUCAACGAGCACAAGCUGCUGGGAAACAUAAAAAGUGUCGCCAAAACGGCAAAGAAAGAACAACUGAUAAUUGCCUACAAUCAGCUCUUUGAGGGCAAAAGGUUUAAAGGAUCAGAACCAGUCGAGGAAGUGACGGAGCAGGUCAGAGCUGUGAAAAUUGAAGAGAAGCCCAAAGAAGCCACAGAGGUUGUGGACGAGGGUCCGCCCAAGUACUUCAAGUCGGUGCUGAAGAAAGGGGACAAGAGCAACUUUCCAAAAAAAGGCGACAAUGUGAGCUGCUGGUACACCGGGUCCUUGGAGGAUGGAACCGUCUUCGACACCAAUAUUCCCACAACGGCAAGAAAGAAGAAGCAAACCAAACCCCUGACAUUUAAAGCCGGCCUGGGCAGAGUCAUCAGAGGGUGGGAUGAGGCCAUUCUGACGAUGAGCAAGGGUGAAACAGCUCGGGUGGAGAUUGAACCAGAGUGGGCCUACGGGAGGAAGGGUCUCCCCGACUCAAAAAUCCCCCCCAAUGCAAAGCUGAUCUUCGAGGUUGAGCUGGUGGCUGUGGAUUAACUGAUCACCGCUGACCAGCAUGCACCGCAGUUUACGACGGGACAAGAAAAUGUUGAAUUGCCUUGCUGUAAAGAUUGACGUUAGAAUGGCAUUUUUUUUUAUUGUAACGUUCUGGUUCUACUUUGUCUCAUUCACCACGUUUAAAAGAAUCAGGCAGUUAUUACAGCGUUUUAGGUUCUGGCCAAAAUGUGAUGGCUUGUCAAUAAUGUACAUAUGAGACACCCUGAAACCUUAUUCUCUGCAUUUUCUUUUGCAUAUACAAUGUAAAUGAUUAAUAAAACCUGUUUCAGAGACUAAA